GCUGCCGGCGGGACACAUGACACACACUCCCAGCAUUUCUUGGAUCGAGGGGCUUCCGGGGUCACCCGACCGGGCACCCUUUCCGCCCGGAUGAUAGUGACUGCGUAGCCCACACCGACUACUUCGGACUAGGCUAGAAAACGCGGCUACGCCCCGCCAGAUCACCGAUGGUGACGGCAGCCACGAAGAAGCCAGCCCGCCGCCCGCCCCUCAGGCCCAGCCGGGCCCCAGAUCCUCCCUGGCAUCGGUGCGGCCGCCGCUCAGCCGCGCCUCAAGGACGUCUCCUUACACCUCCCAAGGACCAGGCCCCCCCGCACCCGCAAAGGCGCCACUGCAGCUCCCGCCAGGUCCUCAGGGGCUGCCGGUUGCCCCUUUCCAGGGCCAGGCGGAGCCCGAGAACCACCAUCAACACAGCCCUAAUCCCGCUUCCCCGCCGCCCCCGCCCCACUUCGGGGCUACAGCUCGCCUCACCUCCCGAUUUCACUAGAGGUCACCGAACCGGGGCGCCGGCGCUCCGUCUGUCUCCAGUCAAAGGAGACGCGAAGCGGAAGGAACCUUCGGCUUACGCACACUCGGAGCCGGCUGAGCCUGCGACCAAUGAGAGAGGAUCGUCCGAUCGUCUAGCCAAUCAUCUGGGGGCUGCUGGGCCUCACGGCGCUACGUCACGAACGGUCGCCUUAACAACCUCCCACAGCUCUCACUGCUGCGGACAACAGGCACCGCACCAUCUCUCACCAUGGCUCGGCCAACCAAUAGCUAGUCGAGUCCCAGAACUAGGGCCUGCCUAUUGGCCCAAGAGCCCUGGGGGCGCAAGCAUGUGGAAGGAAACAGUUUUCACAGUGAAGAAGACUGUAGUGAAUCAAACAAGAUUGAAAUAUUCUAAGUCUUAUCAAAAGGAAGGAGAAGGAGAAGGAGAAAAGAAGAAAAAGAGGAAGAAGUGGAAGAGGAAGAAGAAAAAGCAGAAGGAGGAGAAGGAGUGAAGGAAGGAAGGUAAGAAGGAUGGAAGGAAAGAAGGAUGAAAGGAAGGAAGGAAAGGAGGGAGGGAGGAAAAUCUGUAAGUACUGAUAGCUGAGAAACUCACACUUUCAAUGUCCCUAGAAGCCUAAAAGGUCAGAUAUGUCAGAAUUAAAAGUUACAGAUAAUACAAAUACUUACUAAUAUAAAAUCAAGGGAAGAUUAUGAAGCUGUUUUCACAAAAGGCUUUAGAUCAAGAUUUGGAAAGUUUUGUUCCCAAAUUCUGCUUAAUUGAGAAUUCCAAUGAAUAUAUGGGUUCAAAAGCAAACAAAAGCUAAUUGUCUGGUUUUAUGUACUUAAAACAACUUCUAUAUGGGUUCCAAAAUGUAUUUCAAAAGAAUCUUUUAUUGCACUUAACUCGUUAUUUGUACUUAAUGAUAAAUCACAAAAUUUGGCAUGGACACAAGAGAGAAGGCGAAAGUGGGAGAUGGGGUCAAGGGAAUCUAUGUGCCUUCUUUUCUUGUGGGUAUACUCUCAGAGCGAGGAGUUUAUUAAAGUAUAAUUUUGGGGCACCUGGGUGGCUCAGUCGGUUAAGUGUCCAACUCCUAUCUUUGCUCAGGUCUUGAUCUCAAGAUCAUGAGCUCAACCCCACGUUGGGCUCCAUGCUGGGCAUGAAGCCUACUUAAAAAAAAAAAAAAUUAAAAACUAAAGUAUAAUUUUAAGAGCCUCUUUUAAAGUAAUGGAUGGCCCAUAUUGCGAUCUUGAACUCAAGACCCUGAGAUCAAGACCUGAAACUGACAUUGAGAGUCAGACACUUAACCGACUGAGCCACCCAGGUGCCCUGAUACAAAUUGCCAUCUCAAUCCAUAUUACCCUUAGCAUUUAUCUAUGUAACUGUGUUAGACCUCCAAGCUUCCCUUUUCCCUCUUUUUAUUGUCAUGGGUCAUGCAUUAAGUCAGAGAAUUAUAACAACAACAAAAAUAAGAAGAAGAAUAAGUACUUAAAUAACUCUAUGUACCAGACACUUUUCUAAGUGCUUUAUUGAUAUUAACUCCUUUAAUUCUCAUAACAGUCCUAUGAAAAAGGUGUGUAGAAUCUGCAUUUCAUGAGGCAUGAAGCUACAGAAACAGAAAGAUUAAGCACCUGGCCUAAGUUAAUGCAGCUUGGAAGUGGUGGAGUUAGAAUACGAAGUUUGAAAUUUGGCUCCCAAGUGGAUGCUCUAAACAACUCCACGGUGCUAGCUUUUGCACCAACAUAAUAUGUACUGCUUUGUAUUAGCACAUGUUGUGAUUGCCUAAGCUUCUGACACUCCAUUGCAAAAAAUAUUUCAUAAUCUCAACGAAAAAUCAUCUUUAUUUACUUAUUUAUUUCCCAUUCACUGUUCUCAGCUGCUUUCAAAGUUAUAUCUUCAAACCUCAGGCAGUUUUCUCUCUCUUACAUACUCUUUUUUUUUUUUAAUUUUAGGGAUAGUGUUUUAACUAGUACCUUGCAAGUGAUAAUUGGCCACUUAACUUUGACAGAUAAUAUGAUUGAUUAUCUCUCCUGUCCAAGAUCAAGAAAUACUCAACACAAGGGUCUCUAUGCUAGGCAAAGGGGUAGGCAUCCAAGGUACAGAGUUCAAUAAGAAAACAGACACAAACAGAACCUUUCCAGAUAAUAGAGUCAGUGUUCUGAGUGAAAUAUGCAGAGGGUCCAGUGAGAAAGAGGUAGGGCAUGGAGUUUGGAUGCAGUACAUUCUGAACAAGGGAAGGAAAUGGUUUGAAGAAAGGCUAUUUCAGCUAAGUGAGAAAAAGAAUGGAGGUUGGCAUGGAUCAGGAGCAGAAAGUUUAAUUAAGCAGAGAUUUUUUUUUAAUGUUUAUUUAUAUUUGAGAGAGAGAGAGAGACAGAGCACGAGCAGGCGAGAGGCAGAGAGAGAGGGAGACACAGAAUCCGAAGCAGGCUCCGGGCUCCAAGUUGUCAGCACAGAGCCCCAUGGAGGACUCGAACUCUUGAACCACAAAAUCAUGACCUGAGCUGAAGUCAGAUACUUAACUGACUGAGCCACCCAGGUGCCCCUACUUAAGCAGAAACAUUAAAGUACUGUGGAAUAUGAGAGAUUUAAAAGGUGGGGCAGUCAUGAGCAGGUUGACAGAAAAUCCCAAGUUUCUGUCACCCAAGGUGACCUCUCACAGGGGCUAAAAGUCUCAGCUACUUCUCUUCUUUUGCUACUUUUGUUCAGCAGCAAAACUUAAAAUUCUGCUUCUUGUUCAUGCGUAAAACUUCCUAGAGCUGCACCCCACCGCAGGAGCCUCUCUUGCAGUCCCGAACAAAGAUUUCCACAGGAAAGGGUGCACACAAUUCGACAUGUCUUCUGCCCACCGAGCCCGUUUUCACUGUUUAACUGUGUUUUUGUUUGUUUUCUUCUUCACAGUUCCCCCAUUCCUCUUCUUAGG